AUGUUUGACAAUAUGAUUUAUAGGGAUAACAAUAGUUUGGUGUUGGAGAAGAAAAAUCAAUUCAAUUUUACAAGAAUAUUGCGGCGCAUUUCAAAUGGAGAUUCUGGAAUAGCAUCAAAUGAAGAUUUGAAAUUCUCGCGGCAUUUGUAUGAGGAAGAGAAGCAGCAUAUUCGCAUCUCGGCCAAGGAAAUUGAGAUGGAAAACGGCUUGUCUCUAUCGUUACGCGAAUCUGAGGAACCCCGCUUCAACCGCAUUGGGAACCCAACAAGCCAAUUUUAUUUGGAUGUAUCAAAACUUGGAGACAAGGUUAUUCUUAAUACGAAAGGAAUCGCAACAAAUGUGGAAGCAAAUCGUGCAAUUGAAACAGUUGAGAUGAUGAAAAAGGUCACGUGUGAGCGAUUUUUAAAACAAGAUAUGGGGAUAAGUAAAAGAAUUCGAACAACCUUGUUCUAUGAUGGAUGA